UUCAGGUGCGCAAGUUUGGUUUUCAUUCACACGCUUUUUCGUUUCUGUUUGAACUCAUCUCAAGGUCAGGGUGCUCAUGCUCAGCGUUCGGUAUGAUGAGGCUUUCUCAUGAUGGAGUCUUCGGUAAGCACUUUAAAUUGUUUUUAGUAGCUUGUUAGUUAGGUUUUCAAAAUUUUGAAGUGAGCACUAUGCAACUCUUACUGGUCAGUUCAUCGUCACAUAGACCACUGACUUUUCUACGCCUGUUUCCCUACCAAUACCCUUUAAUGAUAUAGUUUAGUAUGUAAACUCAGAAUUAUAAAAUAAGGCAGAAAGCUUUUUUUUUUAAAAUUGGUAUUAGUUUUAUAUUGAGUGCAUAUUGGAUAUCACUAACAGACCACCGUCUAACGGUUUGUACAUGUCCUUACAUCAGUCACUGGUGGAUAUCAACAAGAUGAAUUUUGGAAAGACACACCUGACACCGCAAUAUUGAUGAUCACAAACUUGCGUUAGCUUCAAAAACCUUGACUAAUAGAUUGCGUCAUGUCGGCGUCAUAUUGACCAGGUUUAGGAUUAUUGAUUUCAAUUAACCUCUGUGGGCAGACUUUGCUGUACACAAGCUAUUGAGUUCGGCGUAUUAUGUGGAAACCUUCAGAUAUACCUGGUUAUUUCUAUGAUCGUACAAAAAAGCGGUACUUUAAGAUUGAGAAUCAUGAUACGCCUGGAUUUGUCACUCAGAAAGCAGUAGAUACGUACUUCGCAAAGUCAGAAAUUCAAAACAAAGUUGAUCAAAUGCUUUCCACCCGCAGAAGAAAACUGAACAUUCUUCAAUUGUUGAGUCGUCGCGAAACAUCAACUGCACUUUCUGUUGAUGCUGUAUACACAUGGCCACAUUCUUAUAUCAGAAACAAAGAAUGUAAACAAGCGAUACCUGUAAAAGGACAGAUCCGUAAUGCUUUACUGUAUUCCGAUAACAAUUCGCUCUACACAAUCAGUCCUAAUUCACUGCAAAUGUUUACUUUCAACUGGAGUGCUUACGAAUCACUUGGUAAAAAUAGUAUGAAAUUCGAAUUAUCUGAGACAAAUAAAAUAUUGCCUACACAACUUGGAUGCUCUCGUUUUAUUGAUAUUUCCUGGUAUGUUCCGGGAAAGGAGCUUGCUCUAUUAACUGAGAGUGCUUCCGGAGGCUGCUUGAUAACUCUUAAGGUUGCAGGUGAAAAUCACGCAUUGACUUCGCAGCUGUCUGUCCCGUUUAAUCCUUCUCUUUUUCGCUUCUGCUCAUCAUAUUUAACGUCUACAACUACUGAUAAUCUGCACAAUUCUCGUUCUGUAAAUAUUAUGACCAGAAAUGAAAUAUGUAUAAGCAACUACAAUUAUUGCAGUCCCCUCUACGUGUUAAAUACUCAUAAUCAGUUAUCCAGACGUAGAAAUAAGGCGAUAUUCACGGCAUGUUGUGAAGCUUCAAUGUGGAAAUCAUUUAAUCCUGUCAAAAAAUCUAUCAAAUCUGUAAAUGGUCGACAACCUCUCAUGUAUGUGGCAGGAGUAUCUGAUUCCAAAGGCUUUUUAUCGUUAGUUGAACCAUCUUUAACUCCUCAUAAAAAUAUUCAGUUGAUCAAUUAUCAUACAGGUUAUUGGACUACACUAGCACAACGUAUACCAACAAACACACAUUUAGAAGUAACUAGUUUGAAAUGUUUUGGUACAUCGUCUGGUGAUCGGUUAGGUCUGAUUGUAGGUCGUCGGUGUGGUCUAAUUGAAUUGUGGGAUGAUCGUUUUCCUAAUAAACCAGUAAUGGAAUAUUACGGUUCAGACGGUUCUGCCGUGAUGUCAGUUGCAUCUCAUAUUCCACCGUGCCCCGUUAUCGAUCCUGUCUUACAAACAACGAUUGCUAGUCCAUUAUUACCAAAUCAUCAUAUUGGUAUAUGGGAUUUACACAAAGGUGAUGUAAUUGACGUUUAUGAGUUAUCACAUCGUUUAUCUCAAUCAACAUCUUGUGUACCUCCAAUUAUAAUGUAUCGGACAAGUUGGAAUAAUCGAUCUGGGUUAGUAUGCAAAGGACCUGCACUUUUAGCCUUAGAUGAUGAUUAUAUCCAGUGUUUUAAUUAAAGAUUAUGUACAUAAGACAUACUUAUUCUUUUAUUAGCGUGUUUCCCGACGUAGUCUGUUAUAUUUGGCCUUCGUUAAGAGCCGAAAUUAGUCGUAAAACUAUUUCAUUCCAGGUCAGUAGUCGACAAUUGUGCUUACUUUAAAACCUAAAUGUAGUGAGGUCGAUUUGAUAUGAUUUCGUCAAUGGGCACUUUUGAAUAGUUUCAAAGUAGGAUGAAGCAACUAAAUGUUUAUCGGUUAUCAAUUUUUCUUCAAACUAACUCUUCACAGUAUUUAAGAUUUACUGCAAUUUAUUAUCUUACUAUUGUAGUGGAUAAAAUUGUCACAUAACUUGAUAGACAGAGUACUCUCUCUUUCAUUUUCAAAUAAAAUAUUUAUUAGAUCAAGCUAAUUGUUCUUGAAUAAAAUCGUUUUGGAACAAUUAUAACAUUUAUUUAAGUAUCAACAUAACUGUCAUUGCUCUUUUCUAAUUAAAUUGUAUGUUUAUUAUCAAGAGUGUUUAUGGUUGUCCAGAAUUUCUGGAAUUGUAAAUAAAAUCUAGAAAUUAAUUUGUCAAUUUUCUUUUUAAAUACACAGACUUUCAC